UGCUCUUCACUUAUUUGCACCAGAGGAUAGGCAACUUGCAAACACCGCAUCAUCAGGGGACAGACGGAAAAAAAAACAGACGAGUUCGGUGUGAAAGAUGGCAACAAACGUGAAAAGCAAGUUGCAUAGUGACAGAGAAAGAUGGAUCUGUAUUUAUCCAGCUUACAUUAACUCCAAGAAGACUUUGGCACAAGGUCGCAAGGUCCCUAAGGAAAAGGCAGUUGAAAAUCCAACUCAUCAAGAAAUUCGCGAUGUGCUUGUAGCUGCUGGCAUGAAGGUGGGAGUUGAAAACAAAUUGUACAGCCGGGAACCUAGCAAAGAGCUUUUGUUCAGAGGGCGCAUUCGAGUGCAAUUAAAGAAUGACGAUGGCACUCCCUUUAACAGUUUAUACCCCACACGUGAUUCAUUGCUCUUUUAUCUUGGUGACACAAUACCUAAGUUGAAAAGCAGAGCUAAUAAACCUAGUGGAUCAGAACAAAGUCAACAGCAAUCCAAUGCGGGAGGAAAGAAAAAGGGCAAGAAGAGAUGAACAUGAUAGAUUGUGAUGUUCAUAAUAUUAUGUUUGAACUUCAAUUUCACUUUCUAAUUUCAUUUAUUUUUUCUCUGAGUUUAUAUCUGUGGUUAUCGAAGACAUAUAUUUUUUCCUAUUAAACAAAGUUGUACGUCAAAAUCAAUUUACCUAUUAAAAUUCACUUUACAAAACAAA